GUGCGUGAUACCGGUAUGGUAGCAAGGCACGUUAUCGUAACUACUUUAUUGUACAUUCGUGAAUUUUCUGAAUAUGUGGAGAACAAGUUUUUUAAACCGUUGAAGUCGGCGUGUAAUGAGGUCAGGUUCUUACGCUGACAAACGUUACGAUACCACCGUAGUUGGUAAUGUACUAACUAGCUUACUUGUAUCUUCAAAUAUCUUAGUAUGCUAGCACUCAAACCUAGGAUGUACAUAGUAAGUGUAUUUUUAGACAGCUAGCUAUGGUAAUAUGUGAUAAGAGAGAAAAGAUUAUCAAAUAACCGGCUGUGUUGUAGCUAGCCAAGUCAGUAAACGAUAGUCAGAUUGACACCAUCAUACCAUAAUUCAUGCAAGUUCUACUGUGAUUUUAUUGUAAUAAAUCACUCAUCUUUUUGGUAGCUGGUUGUCAUGGUAAGAUUUAUACAGUUAGCUAGCUAGCUAGCUAGCAAUCUAUAACUAGCAAGCCAAGUACAAGUUGUCUCUCCUCGAGUUCCAAAAAUAGAGCCAACCGUGACAUGGUAAGACAGGUAGACGAUCUCUCCUAAGUCAGGUAAUUUGUCUGUUGUUCAGGCGAGCGUUAAUUGUGCUGAAUUUAUUAUAUAUUCAAAUAAAUCUAUCGGCAGCAAGCCAUGUCAGACAGCGAAAAAGGAAGUGAUAAUGCACGCUGUUCUGAAAGCGCCGAAAACUCAAACGACACGCCGGACGGCCGACUUGGAGCUCAGGCGGAUUCUCUCACACAACAGGAUGGAGAUCUGCGGCUGUCUAUUCCGACGGAGCUGUCAGUCCAGCAAAGAAAACUUAUCCUUCACCUCGACCUCAACAGCACUAUUUUGGUGUCUGACGCUGUGACAAAUCAAGGAACUAUUGCUGCUUUGGACUACUUUAUCUCUACUGUAACUUGGGGCCGAGUGAACAAGCAAGGGAAAUGGGAGUGGCUGAGCGACUCGCCCUCUCUUCAGCCGCCAUGCGAGGGCGCUGUGAGUUACUACUCCCAGUUUGGCCGGGUGCCGGGCUUCACCAGCUCCCCGGUGGGGCGGCGCUUCAAGGGCGUGCUGGAGGAGCACCUGGCGCUGCUGCGGUGGCCGGCCGGUCAGCAGGAGGACCGGGAGCUGGCGGUGAGGGGGGAGGACGGGAAGCUGUACCACUGGAUCCUGCCCUCGUUCUUCCAGCUGCUGCAGGACCUGGUGUCGCAGGGGCGGGACUUCGCCAUCCUCUUCCGUACCUUCGGGACGGAUCUCCCCCGCGUGCUGGGCACCGUGCACCGCGCCCUCAGCCAGGGCUCGCACCCGCUGUUCCCCAACCUCCCUGCACUCAAGCUGAGUGUCAACCUGACCCCCGGUCGGAUUCGCUGCAGCAAGAAGGGAACGGUCCUGACGCGGGCUGACGAGCAUGUGUCGACCCGGGACGGGGAACGAAGCCUGUACCAGUUUUUAAGCGCUGUCCAGGGCCUGGGGGGAUUCCAGGACCAUUUCGACUGGUGGGCCCGUAACACUUACUCCAUCAUGGGAGGGAAGCCGCUGUGGAUUGACCCCUUUGACCCCAAUGUGCAGCAUAUCUUCAUUGAUGACAACAUCCGCCAAAACGACAAGGACACCAUCGUCCACCCUAAGGUGUUCUUGGACCCAAACGGCACGCAGACUCGCACAGCCUCUACCUCAGAGCUCUAUGACAUCUGCCUGGUGCAGAAUGACCUCCUCAGGGCCAUCUCGGACCUGAGCUACUUCACUCAACGCGUGCAGAUCUGCCAGGAGAACUAUGAAAGAAACCUCCAGCAGGGGGCAUGCUAGAGCCCAGCCCUGCAGAGCUAUAGUUUGGUGAACUAUGGAUGCAAUUAUGCAUAUCACCACAGCAGCACCAUGCCGUAAAGGCAUGCACGACAUAAUGUGUACA